AUGACAGAACUAUCUUAUAUCAUUUGGUUAUUAAAUCCAAAAAUCAAUGACAAUGAAAAAGUCUUUCAUCUACGCACUAUUCUCCCUCAUGAUUGUCUUCAAACAUAUGACGAUUGGGACGAGUGUAUUGACUUUUUAACUGACCUGGCAGAAACUUCUAUGAAAAUUAUUUUCAUUAUUUCUUUAUCUUCACUGAUUGAAGCCAAUGAGGCAUUGAUAGAAACAAUUGAAAACGUGCAAAAUAUUCAUUCAAUUUAUAUUCUUUGUCCUACAUUGUCUUUGUCUACCAUUUCGUUGACAUCUGAUACUAAAGUACGUGGUAUUCGCACUGAUUAUCAAUCUUUAGUUAAUCAACUCUUGUGUGCGAUGAAUAUGGAACAAGAAUUUCGUUACAGACGCUUCGCUUGUGAUGAUUUUCGUAUAUCUACAAGCACACCAUUGCCAAUUGUCACGACUGCAACGCGUCAAUCAUCAUUAAUGCUGAUAAACAACAAUGCUGAUUCGAAGAGGCAGGAAACAGAUUUUAUGUAUUCACAAAUCGCAAGAGANUCAUUGCUUUUAUGCAACUGGCACAAUGAUACGCAUCGCAUUCAGCCUACAACGAAUAAUAACACAGGAAGACAAGUCAUUGGGCGCUUGCCGACAGCAGUUCAUAUUCCACUUCAAACAAAAUUGCAAUGUGAUAAUGAACUCGGAAAUAGUACAGAAAUAGAGAAUUGA